AUACAACUGGUUACUAAUCCGGGACCAAAGACGGACAACUCUGAUCUAAUUCAGGAUGUGAUGAUAAGCAAGUUUUUCACCUUUUCAGAUGAGAUUGAAAUGUUUAAAGGAGAAACAGUUUCUUCAAGUAGAACCUUUAAAAUAUGUAAAGAUUAUCAGCUCCUUAUAAAUAAAUGACAAUCUUAAAUUGACAGUAAACAUGGCAGAAUGUAAAGAUUUUAUUAACUGGAUGUCAAGAUUACCGGAGCAUUUACAUACUGUUCCACUCAACCAGUUGGCUAUUCCAGGAAGUCACAAUUCAUAUUCAUAUGAGUUGGACACAAGCUCAGAGAUAGGGCCAGACAAGGCUGAUAUCAGACCAUUUAUUUCAAUGUUUGGAGAUAUGGGGAAAUCUGUGAUGAAAGAAUGGUCAGUUACCCAGUACCUGACAUUCCGACAACAAUUAGAACAUGGUGUUAGAUACUUUGAUCUAAGAGUAGCAUCAAGAAAGGACAAAGAAGGCAUAUUCUUUUUGCAUUCUUUAUAUGGCAUGCCAGUAACAUCUGGGUUAGAUGAAAUCAAAUCUUUUCUGGAUGAACAUCCAAAAGAAAUAAUAUUAUUGGAUUUUAAUCAUCUCUUUGAUAUGACUUUAAAUCACCAUGAAAAACUAUUAGAUUUGAUUUUAAGAACAUUCGAAAGUAAAAUGUGUCCACAUUUAGACAUGGAAAGUGUUAAUUUAUCUAUGAUGUGGGAACAGGGUUUACAAGUGAUUGUGUUUUAUCACAAUGAUGUUAUCAAAGGCAAUAUGAUGUUUUGGCCAAACACUUCGAUAAAAGCUCCAUGGGCAAAUACUACAAAUGUACACGAUCUUAUUACUUUCCUUGAGUCAAAUUAUAAGUCGAGCAAAACAACAGACGUGUUUAACGUGACACAAGGAGUUCUCACUCCAGGAGCUGGUACCAUCAUGGCACAUUUGAAUAGCAGUUUACACAAUGUUCUUGCUGAGAAAGUAGCUCCUCGAGUUGUUAUGUGGUUGAAAGAGAAACAGACCGGAGUUCAUGGUAUCAAUGUUUGUAUGAUUGAUUUUGUAGAAAAAGCAAACUUCAUUCCAAAUGUGUUAAAACUAAAUAAAUAAUGUUGUAAUAAAUGUUCUAUUAAAAAUUUAUCAUCACUCCACUCCAUUUUUAAAUGUUUUUUUCAUACUGUGGAAUCAUUAUCAUGAUUGUUAUUUAUGGGAUAUCAAUUUUUUCAUGGAUUUUUUAGGUUAAGGGAAACCAUGAAUUUAAAUGUUCAACGAAAUACAAAUUUUUUAUAGGCUUGUAUGAAAACUUUGAAAAACCACAAAAUCAAAUGUCCAUGAAAAAACUAUUUUUCCUCAAUCCAUGAAAAUAAAUGAAUCCACAGUAGUAUACCACAAAAUAAGGGAGAUAAAGGAUAUGGGUUAUAUCUAUGUUUUGAAAAAUUGUCAUUGAGAUAGAUGUUCAAUAUUAUUUGUCAGGUAUUUUAGUUCAUAAAUAUGUUGUGAAAUAUAUUUAAAAAUAAAAAAAUUGAAAACA